AUGGCGGCGAACGGCGCGAGCGGCGGCGGCAGCCGCAAGGACCCGAUCCUGGACCUGGCCAAGUACAUCGACCAGGAGGUGCGCGUCAAGUUCCACGGCGGCCGCGAGGUCACGGGCACGCUCAAGGGCUACGACCAGCUGGUGAACCUCGUGCUGGACGACUGCGUCGAGUUCCUGCGCGACCCGAACGACGAGUACCGCAUCACGGACGACACGCGCAAGGUCGGCCUCGUGGUGUGCAGAGGCACGUCGGUCAUGCUCGUCUCCCCCGUGGACGGCACGGCCGAGAUUCCCAACCCGUUCCUGCAGCAGGAGGGGUAG